AUGAAUACACCAAACGAAUUCUCCCAAUGGGAUGAGUUCUCAGACGCAUCCCCACCUCCCUCUCCAUACAGUGGAGACGAAUGCGAUCACUCUAAAACCAUCAAAUACUCCUCAUGUACUGCAAAACAACCCGCCUCCAAAGACCUCGAGGAGUCUUUCUUUCAGUCAUCCGAGAAGAAAUACCGAAGCGAUAUGUACAAUGCCUUGAAGAGCUACGAAGAAAGCUUUGACCAAGUACGACUGAUGAAACGGGUCUUGUGUCGGGAUGGCACCUAG